AUGAAUAACUUAAAAAAAGAUACCGAAAUAAAAUUGCAAAAUUUGGAUGCGCAGAAAGAGUUUAAUGAUAGCAGUGAAGAAACAGAAUGUACUAGUGAGAGAGAGAAAGUUGAACGUGAAUUGCGUGCUGAGAGGGCCCGCAAAAAAGCAGAAGUGCGCAAACGUUUAGAAGAGGCUGGACGUGCCAAAAAGGCCAAAAAAGGCUUUCUGACGCCUGAAAGGAAGAAAAAAUUGCGAAAAUUGCUUAUGCUAAAGGCUACUGAAGAUUUAAAAUUACAACAAAAGAAACGUGCAGAAGAAAGACAAAUUGUUUUAAGUGAACGUAUUCCUACUUUACCUUCUGAUUUGGAUAAUAUACAUCCAGAUGAGUUACUUAUACUCUCAGAAGAGUAUAGAAGCCGUAUCAUAGAAUUGGAGUCAGAGAUUUACGACCUUAGUUAUAUGAAUAGAAAAAAGGAUUUUGAAAUUAAUGAACUAACAAUCGCUGUAAAUGAUUUACGUGGAAAAUUGUAAUAAAUAUUCUCAUAAACAUUAUAAUAUUACAUAUUUUAUUUAAUAUAAAAGAAUAUUUCAAUUAUAUUUAGUGUUAAACCAACUCUAAAGCGCAUAAGCAAAACUGAUUCACAGUUAGCUAAAUUUCUUUUCUAAAUUGUUAUAAUAAAUUUAAAGAUUCGACAAAAUAAAAAAACAAAAUGCUGCUAAGGUAUAUCAAUGAUAAAUAAAUUGUGGUAUUUCAUAAAAUUGUUAUAUUCAGGUUGAUUUUCGUUCGACAUUGAAAACACGUGAAGGAAAUAAAUUUACGAUGGAAGAGGAAAACAAACAGAAGACUAGCUCUGCUGAAUGGAUAAAAUGAUAGAGAAAAAAUAUUCAUUGA